AUGCCACUCUAUGCCAAGUUCCUAAAAGAGUUCAUGACUAAGAAAAGAAACUGGGGAGAAAAGGAAAUUAUGGUGCUCAUGGAGGAAUGUAGUGCCAUCAUACAAAAAAAACUUCCUCAAAAGAUGAAGGACCCUGGGAGCUUUCAAAUUUCCUGCAUCAUCGGGGAUACUAGCAUUGAGAAAGCAUUGUAUGAUCUGGGAGCUAGCAUCAACCUUUUGUCCUUGACCAUGAUGAGGAGAAUGAGAAUUGAAGAGGCCAAACUAACAAGAAUGGCACUUCAACUAGCUGAUAGGACAUUCAAAUUUCCCCAUGGAGUGGUGGAGCAUUUGUUGGUCAAAGCAGGAGAGUUCAUCUUCCCAGCCGAUUUUGUGGUGCUUGAUAUAGAAGAAGAAGCCAAUGCAUCAAUCAUACUAGGGAGACCAUUCUUGGCAACAGCUGGGGCUAUAAUUGAUGUGCAAAAGGGAAAGUUAGUCCUAAGGCUGCAUGAAGAAAUGAUGGUGUUCAAUGUUUUCACUGCAAUGAGUUAUCCAAAGGAGUCUAUUGGAGAAUGUAUGAUGGUAGACACAAUGGAAAAGUUGGUUCAAGGAGUCCUAGAGGAAGACAAACAUGAAGAUGCAAUGGAACAAGAGCAACAGACAUCAUGUGGUGAGCUACCACAAGAAAUCAUGGAAGGCUCAAUCAUGCCAGACAAGGGAAGCAAAAAGAAAGUGGAAGCACCAAAGUUGGAGUUAAAAACCCUGCCCCCAAGCUUGAAGUAUGUUUACUUGUGGAGAAAUAACACAUAUCCAGUAAUCAUUAACUCAAGCUUGAGUAAGGAGCAAGAAGAGGAGCUUAUCAAAGUGUUAAGGCAACACAAGGAUGCCAUUGGCUGGACACUUUCAGAUUUAAAGGGGAUUAGCCCUUCAAUAAUUGGAUCACAGUCUCAUCAGGAUUAUGGACCAUAA